AAGUGACGUACGUAACUUUGGGACGGGUUCCGGGAAGAUUCAUAUAGGUGGAUAGUGCUGGCGCUGUAGUUCUGCGGUCGGUAUGAGCUGCACCAUCGAGAAGAUUCUCACAGACGCUAAGACGUUGCUGGAGAGGCUGCGCGAGCACGAUGCAGCCGCGGAGUCGCUGGUAGAUCAGUCAGCGGCUCUGCACCGGCGGGUGGCCGCUAUGCGGGAGGCGGGGACAGCACUUCCGGACCAGUGUCAAGAGGAUGCAUCCGAUAUAAAGGACAUGUCCAAAUACAAACCUCACAUUCUGCUGUCCCAAGAAAAUACACAGAUUAGAGACUUGCAGCAGGAAAACAGAGAGCUAUGGGUUUCCUUGGAAGAACACCAGGAUGCUUUGGAACUCAUCAUGAGCAAGUACCGAAAACAGAUGUUACAACUGAUGGUUGCUAAAAAAGCAGUGGAUGCUGAACCAGUCCUGAAAGCUCACCAGUCUCACUCUGCAGAAAUUGAGAGUCAGAUUGACAGAAUCUGUGAAAUGGGAGAAGUCAUGAGGAAAGCCGUUCAGGUGGACGAUGACCAAUUUUGUAAGAUUCAGGAAAAACUGGCCCAAUUAGAGCUUGAAAAUAAGGAACUUCGAGAAUUAUUGUCCAUCAGCACUGAGUCUCUUCCGGUCAGAAAGGAAAACUCAAUGGACACUGCUUCCCAAGCCAUUAAAUAACUGAGCUACUGAAUGACAGCUGGAGAUUAUCAAGGAAGGAAGUUGUUAUCUUUCUAUUCAAAUAUUGUCCAUUCAGACUUGAUUUAGUGUUAAUUAAAGGUAUCAGGUGGCAGUUAUAAUCCUAAGUCAGAAUUAGCUGUCCAGGAAACAGUUCUGGGGUGUGUUAGUGAGAAUACACAGAAAUUUUACCAUUCCUUUCUCUAAGAGAGUACUUUUAAAUUUUCAUUUCUGGUACCUCAGUUUAUAUAAACUGUGUUUUCAGUUCAUUUCUGUUUUUUUACAUCUCUGAAACUUAAAGCAUUUUAUUAUAAAUCAACAGUUUUAUAUAGGAUUGUAAAUUGAAAUUCUAAAAAUUUUUUAAAGCAGUUAGCUUUUUAAAUCUAUUUGGCAUAAACCUGGGUGUUUUUUCCAUUUGAUAAAAAUGAUACUAUUCUCCAGAACUAGAAUGGCAGAUUCUCUGGUUCAUAAUGUAAUUCACCUUUAUGAAGUUUUAAGUCUCUCUGGUGCUAAGAGUUGGCACUUUGUGCCUCAUGUCUUUAGUCUUAAUUUGAGAGAACCUACUGAUAGUCCUCAGUAGGUUCUAGUGGUAGUAUAGACUUUGUAUUGUUCAAAGAAUGCUGAGAAAUUUGUCCUGCAUACGUGCACACACACACACAUGCACUCUUAGUUCAAAUGCUGGAAGUAGCUUUUAUUUAUUAUAUUUGGUAUUGGUAGUUAAUUUUUCAAUUUUGUUCAACUAGGAAAUCUGUAACCUGGGUAGAAGUGUAAAGAACAUACAAUAGGUUUAUUUACAUCAUAAUUCUUAGGUACUACAUUGUUUAAUUUAUAUGUAACUGCUGUUUUAUGGUUAAGAACUGUCAGUUAGAUGUCUUUCAUUACUAGUACUAGUAGUUGGCUUUUUAUAUCCAUUUUUCACAAGGAAGCAAAGUUUUUUAUCACCUCAAGAGAGUAGUUACACUCUUAGUGCUGUGUAGACAGCAAAACAAUGUUGAGAUUCAAAUAUGAGUAGUCAAGUAGGCUCACCCAUUAACUCAUUCCCAUUUACUAGCAUUUCAAAUUUGCAAAUUAUUUCAUGUUUUACUGUCAAUUUAGGUUUACCCCCAAAUAAUUUAAGUAAUGCUAAAUCUGUCUAUAUUUUACAAUAGCACUGAGCACCAUACUGCAUGGGAGAGACUCAGUGUUAAAACAGUUUUGUUAGUGCUUUGUGUGGCAUAAAAUUUCUUGGUACUGCCACGAAGAAUUAACUCCAGUUAAAACAACAAUCUCUCUAGGAUGUCCUAAAAGCAUCUGAUCCCAGUGAUGCUAAUGGAGUUUGCUGACAGGUGUGGGCUUUAAUGAACAGAUAUAUAUCAUUUUAGAAUUUGUGAAAAUUUCUUCUCAAAGUCCUGCAUCACUUUAAAAGAGUAGGCAUUUUUAUCUUGUUUCCCAACAAGCUAACUUUUAGUCUUUGCCUUGAAGUAUAUGCCGUAAGUGCCCCUGUAUGUCCCACAAUUCAUUCAGGAGACAUUUGUCAGUUGCCAUGGCCACUUUUCAGUGAAAGUGAUAAUGUAGUCAAAUGGCCCAUUAAAGUAUAAUAUGGUGUCCUUUUAUCUGUCUUACGUUCCUUUAGAAUUGCUUUACAAAAUUCUUUGUAUCUCAGAUAUCAGGAUAAAUCUCUGUUAACUUUUACCCCCUAGCAAAUCAAAAGCUUAAAGUAUAAGUCUAAAGAGCUGUCAGUGUCCUACAUAAUACAUGUUCUGGCUACAGUUACUGCUAUGAAGAUACUGUAUAGCUAGAAAGUCGAAGUAGGGAAGGAAUGUUCUUUGAUUUGAGUGGAUAGUAAAGUCUGUUGCAGUGGAUGGAAGAAUUUGACUUAAUUGCAAAAUCUUAGUGCAAAUGUGUCUUUUCUAAUAAAAACCUCAUUUUGAGAAAAUCAGCUAAUUUUAACUCCAUAAUGAGUCUAUAAAGAAGUGCAGAGUUUGUUUUUCACAUACCCAGGAACAUGUCAAGUAGACAGGGAUUUUCUUAACUAUUUUGUAAUUAGCACAAUGUAGUCAGCAGUAUAACUUUACAAAUAUUGGCUUAUGAAAUGGUUUUCAAGAUUUCCUCCUGAUUAGAAAUCAUAAAUUACAUGAUUACAAAUCAAAAUUAUAAAAUUAAAACUGAAUUUGGAAAUAUCUUGAAAAAUGCUUAAAAACUAUUGAUAUUUACCUUUAUUAUCUUGACAUAUUAGUAUUGUAUGCAUUAUUUGAGUCAGACAUUGAAAGUCUAUUUCAGUGUUUCUCAGAAUGUGUUUCAGUGACUUACAAAAUAGAAAUUUGGGGAUGGGAUCAAGCAAUUUGUGUUUUAAUCUCAGAUAUGUUCUAAGGACACUAGUUUGAGAGUGUCUAGUCUGUUAUAUACUUCAUCUGGAGUUAUGAAUAGAAAAAAGGGAGGGAGGGAUGUUGACAUUGCUCUCAAAGAAAAAAAAUCUGGGAGAGACAAACAAGUAUAUAUAUAUAUAAUUACAAAGCAGUGUGAUAAAUCCAAUAUAAGACUGUAUAGGAUGCAUAGGAGGGACUUUUUAAACCUCAGAAUCCAAUAGAGACAACAAAUGGGUAGGUGAACAAAAGCUUGGUGCUUUCUAAUUAUAGAAUCUCAUUUCAGCUGUACCUCAUUUUGUCAGAUAUUCAGGCACAAGGAGGUUGUGUAUUUGUGCACAAACUGGAAAUAAGAUUGAAACCCAGAGAGACUCUUAAACAUAUUCUUAACCAUCAAAUUAAGAUGCUUUAAUGCCAAAUACUGUUGAAAGUGAUUUUUGAUUAGCAAAUCUAUUUUUACUAAUAAUGCAAAAGAAGAAAAUAUUGUGAAUUCAAUUAAGUGGAAUGUUAACUAAUGAAACAUAAUUAUCAUCUGUUUUCUAGAAUGGUGUAGCUGAGCAUAUGUGGCAUGCAACUAAAAGGAAUAAUGCCUAAUCAGUGGCCCUUACUAAAUGCAGGAAAGAGUGCAGUUCUGUCUUUCAAAUCUGCCUCCUUAGCAUGUUUUCCAUCCUUCUUGCUUUUCUUGUUUGCAGGAGUAUUGCUGCUGUGCCAAAUGUCAUGUCCAUGUUGAAGGCAGGUCUGUGCCAGCUCUAACUAUACUUCUUUAUGAGGAUUUUCAUUCCCAGAAAUUUCAGAUGAGUUUCCCCUGUUUAUUUGCCUGGCCUGUUAAAUG